GAGAGGCGGAACAAACCGGUGUGUGUGCCCGGAUACACGCUGGAGCAGCUCGCCCGCACUGCAGAUUAACCCUUGAGUCGCCAGAGAUGUUGAGCACUGGGUACCACAAGCCGCUGCAUCCGCGUCCUGUUUUUUUUUUUUUUUUUUUUGAGCCUGUCGUUGCGCGUUGAUCUUUCUCAAUAUUGAGGAUAUGAUCGCCGGCUUGAGGCUGUACCAAUGAUGUACCACAGACUGACACAGGUAUGUGACCCAUCAUGAGACUCUAUGCAACUCAGUCUUAGCAUGCGUGAUGUGUAAAUGAUAAUUUAUGCUAUAAUAUCUGUGUUUUAAUCUCUGCCGUUUUAUCCAGUAUCCCGAAUGAUGAGGAAUGAGGAGAUGAGUUCAGCACCGGUGGAUGGACAGCUGCUCGUUUGACUGUUUUUGCAGACGUGUCGUAGCAGUUCAUCUCAACUGUCCGAACAGGCUGUCCAAACAAAUCAACUUUCCAUUUCCUUCUCAGUCUACCUCAGACAAGAUCAGGCUCCUCAUCGGCAAGGACACAGUCUAUUACCAUACCAGCCUGCCCGGGCUGACCACAAUGCUCUCUUUGUGACUUUUAAAAGACAAACUUUAUCCUUCAAGUAAGCGUCUCCUAAAACUUAUUAAAUUCUUCCAAGAUAAAUCCCUCAGCCAAUCCAGUGGCUGACGGGGUUAGAGGCGGAGCCGUCAGGAGUGUUGUGAGGUUAGCGGUGAGCAGGCUGCUGGUGCCGAAUGCAGAACAUCUUUGAGCAGAACUUGGACAUGGCCACGGCUCUGCUCGCGGGUGAGAAGCUCAAGGAAUUGAUCCUGCCAGGUUCCACACAGGAUGAGAAAGGCGGGGUACUCGCAGGUCUCAUGGUGCAGCUCAAACUCGAGUUGCCCUUUGACCGGGUCGUCACCAUAGGAACGGUCAUCCUCCCCAUACUGUUGGUCACAUUAGUUUUUACACGGAACUUUGCAGAGGAAUCUAUAUAUUGCUACACCCCACACAACUUCACAAGAGAUCAGGCGCUUUAUGCCAGAGGCUACUGCUGGACGGAGCUUCGGGAUGCCGUGCCCGGUGUUGACCCCGAACUUCGGCCCUCCCUCUUUGAGCACAAGUUUUUGCCCUACGCCCUGCUGGCCUUCGCGGGCAUAAUGUACAUACCGGCCCUGGGCUGGGAGUUCCUGGCCUCCACGCGCCUCACUUCUGAGCUCAACUUUCUCCUUCAAGAGAUCGACAACUGCUACCACAGAGCAGCCGAGGGCCGCGCGCCCAAGAUCGAAAAGCAGAUCCAGUCCAAGGGACCGGGAAUUACGGAACGCGAAAGGCGUGAGAUCAUCGAAAACGCUGAGAAGGAAAAGAGCCCCGAGCAGAAUCUGUUCGAAAAGUAUCUGGAGCGCAGAGGGCAGAGUAAUUUUCUGGCUAAGCUGUACCUGGGGCGACAUUUAGCCAUUAUCUGUCUCAGCUCAAUCCCCAUAACUUACCUGAGCGCCUACUAUGCGCGUCAAAGGCAAAACGAGUUCACCUGCGCGCUGGGAGAGCCGCCUGACACCAGCAGUAUUCCCGAACUGCGGCUGAGCGUUAACUGCAAGCUACCAGCCGUGCAGCUCCAGCGCAUUAUGGCCGCCGUAGACAUAGCAUUGCUCUGCACCAUGAACCUCAUCAUCCUUGUGAACCUGCUGCAUUUGUUCGUGGUGCGUAAAUCCAAUUUUGUCUUCGACAAGCUACACAAAGUGGGCAUUAAAACACGCCGCCGCUGGCAGAAGUCGCCGUUCUGUGACAUAAAUAUUCUGGCCAUGUUCUGUAAUGAGAACAGAGACCACAUUAAGUCCUUGAACAGACUGGAUUUUAUUACAAAUGAGAGUGACCUCAUGUAUGAUAAUGUGGUGCGCCAGCUGUUGGCAGCGUUGGCUCAGUCCAACCAUGACUGUACUCCGACUGUUAGAGACUCUGGUAUCCAGACGGUUGACCCCAACAUAGACCCUUCUGUGAUUGGGGUCGGAGAGCUGGGAGGAGAGCCUCUGAUAAUCAAACGACCACGCAAGAAGAUGAAGUGGAUCCCAUCAUCUAACCCUCUGCCACAGUCAUUUAAAGAACCCUUGACACUAACCAGACUAGACAACAGUAUAAAGGCAGACAAACCUAAACCCGUUCGGAGGAAGAAUGUACCUGAUAGCAUUAUGGCUCCACUUCUGGACAGCAAGAGCACACAGUACCCACCUACUAUUAAAGCUCUGGAAACAAAUAAUAUAGAGAGGAAACAGACUCUUAAUCUCUCGCUGGAUGUUCAUCCGUACAUGCUAACCAUUCAGAAAGCAAAAGCAGAAAUAGCCAAUCCUGAGCCAGCUCCUGCCGAGCACGCUCUCAGCAAUGUGUAUAUAGAGGGUCCACAUACGGUUCUCCAGGUCACCUCCUCUCUUACCGAGAAGAAAGUGUCUCCUCCACAGUCCACCACCACUACUACCUUCUCCACAGAUACUCCAUCCACUGCAUCCUAUAUGAAUGGCAGCACAAACAGCGUGAAUCCUUCAGACUCCCCGAAACUAAACAAUCCUCUCAAUCAUGGAGCCGAGUCUGAGGCCCAGCCCAAAACUUUCAGCCGAAACCCCUCGCACUCACUACUGGACAUUCAUCACAGCUUGUACGAGGAAGAGGAGCAAAGCCGAAGGGACAGGCUUGCCAGAUCUGGCGAGCUUAUUGCUGCUGGAGAUUGCUGAAGGCAAAUACAAAUAAACACGCGCACAAAUGCAUAAGCACUUCUGAAUUCAGAAACGAAAUAUGCUGUUUUUUAGGGUGAUUGUGAGACAAUAGUUAUUUUAUAGAAAUGUAGUGACACAUUUUUUACACAUGCAUAUAUGAAUGAAAAACAUACAUACUAUAAAAGGUCCAUUCGGUAAUGUUUAUAUUAUUCCACACCAAAACCUUUAUACUGGAUGCAGCAUCAUGCAAAAUUACGAAGAUACAUAUACAGUACAGUUAGUCAUGUAUUACAAAUGUUGGCUCUCAAAAAGCGACCCAUUCAACAUAGAAUGAGUGGGUAAGAUUAUAGUUUGUAGUUUAUUUAUUUAUAUGUUUAACUUUUAAUUGAUGCAUCUUUAAUCUCAAUCGCCCAGCCUUACAUCCACAUACUUAGAAGUGUGUGUAGUUCCACACACACUUCCAAGGGAAGUAAAAAUGCCCAAGACUUUGGUGCUCACCCUAUGGGUUAAUGAGUCCCCUAUAACAUUCCAAAUGAGGAAAAAAGCAUUGAUUAUUUUGCACAAAGCACAAUUUGUUCGUUUGUAACAUCAAUGGCGUCAUGUUCUUUUCGCAUACACAAUUUUCAUGUUUUGUCACAGAUGUCAGGAUGUAUCGAGCGCAAUAUAUUCAUUCUUACUACUGUAUAUGCAACCUCACUUGUUAUUAGUGCAAUAACAUAUAUAUUUAAAAUGUAAAUACGUAGCUGUAUAGAAGGAACAUUGUUCCUACAUAUUAUUUUGAUAGUUCUUAUGUGAUUGAAUGUAGGCAAAGAAAAAAGUCACUUAUUUAUAAUGCACAUCGGUGCACUUAUUUAACAAAACUAAGUCUCCAGAUCA